AAUCUAUGUAUCCUGGUGUUUUCCUUGGAGAAAUCUAAAAGAUGAGAACAAAUUAUUCCCCGAAGCCUACUUUGGGCGAUCUGAUGAACAAUUCAAAGAGAGUGAUAAAGUUGGAACAAACACCCAAAGGAGUGCCAAGUGCCUAACAUCUAAUCCAUUGGAGGGUUACAAGUGGGCCCCCCCAUGCAUUCUGAGUCUGGAAACACCCAAACGUAUCUUCACGACAAGACAACAUCUUCAUUGCCAACGAACACAAGAAACGUAUCCAUUCUCCGACCAAAAGUUUUAUCCUAUAUUAUAUCCGUAUCUACUCUUUACACGCCCCGUUAGUUUUCUUCUUCUUCAAGGUGUUGGGAGACAUGUCUAGCAAACAGACUUAUAGCUUUUGCUUCUGCUUCCGCCGGCGUUUCAGGCUCCCCGUGUCGGAGGCCCCGCCGGAGAUAAGGACCCUUUUCGACCGUUACUCCGAUCAGAAUGGCGUCAUGACAGCCACUCACCUCCGAAGUUUCCUGGCUGAGGUGCAGAGGGAAGACAAUGCCACUGAGGAGGAAGCACAAACCAUCAUCGAUGGCCACAAGCAUCUCAGUAUCUUUCACCGAAGAGGUCUCAAUCUCGAGAGUUUCUUCAACUAUCUUUUUAGUCACCAUAAUAACCCACCUCUCUCGCCCUCUAUUGGGGUGCACCAAGAUAUGUCUUCACCAUUGUCUCAUUACUUCAUUUAUACUGGUCAUAAUUCCUAUCUAACUGGGAACCAGCUUAGCAGUGACUGCAGUGACAUCCCCAUCAUCAAUGCACUGCAGAAGGGCGUAAGGGUGAUUGAGUUAGAUAUAUGGCCUAAUGAAUCAAAGGAUAAUGUGGAUGUUCUUCAUGGAAGGACUUUGACAUCUCCUGUGGCACUCAUCAAAUGUUUGAGGUCUAUUAAGCAGCAUGCCUUUGUUGCCUCAGAAUAUCCAGUUGUAAUAACCUUAGAAGACCAUCUAACUCCCGACCUUCAGGCCAAAGUGGCUGAGAUGAUUACUCGAACAUUUGGAGACACACUAUUUGCUCCUACCUCAAAAAGCUUGAAGGAAUUUCCUUCUCCUGAAUCACUUAAAAGGAGGGUUAUUAUAUCAACCAAACCACCUAAGGAGUACCUUGAGGCAAAAGAAGUACAGGAAACAGAGGAGGAACCACAACAGGAAAAGCCUGCAGAUGAUGAAGAAGCAUGGGGGAAGGAAGUCCCUAGUUUGAGAGGUGGAACUAUCUCUGAUUACAAGAACAUUGAGGAUGAUGAUGUUCUUGAUGAUGAGGAAGAUAUUGAUGAAGCAGAGAAGUCACGUCAAGAUGCAGCAGAUGAAUACAGACGUUUAAUUGCCAUUCAUGCUGGGAAGCCUAAAGGUGGAUUAACGGAAUGUCUCAAAGUGGAUCCUGAUAAAGUGAGACGUCUAAGUUUAAGUGAGCUACAGCUUGAAAAGGCUGCUGAAACUCAUGGAAAAGAAAUUGUCAGAUUUACUCAACGGAAUAUACUGAGAGUGUAUCCAAAAGGUACUCGCAUUACUUCGACAAAUUAUAACCCAUUGAUUGGGUGGAUGCAUGGAGCUCAGAUGGUUGCAUUUAACAUGCAGGGGUAUGGUAGAUCUCUUUGGUUGAUGCAGGGAAUGUUCAAAGCCAAUGGCGGAUGCGGUUAUGUUAAAAAACCAGAUUUUCUAUUAAAGGUUGGUCAAAAUAAUGAGGUCUUUGAUCCUAAAGCUCAUUUGCCUGUGAAGACAACCUUGAAGGUGACUAUAUAUAUGGGGGAAGGAUGGUUUCAUGAUUUCAAGCAUACACACUUUGAUAAAUUCUCACCCCCGGACUUCUAUGCAAGAGUGGGGAUUGCUGGAGUCCCUAAUGAUACUGUUAUGAAAAAAACUGAGAAAGUAGAGGAUAAUUGGUCACCUUCGUGGAAUCAAGUAUUUGAGUUCCCACUUGCUGUUCCAGAACUGGCUCUGCUUCGCGUAGAAGUUCAUGAGUAUGACAUGUCUGAGAAGGAUGACUUUGGUGGCCAAACGUGCUUACCUGUGUGGGAACUAAGAAGUGGAAUUCGAGCAGUUCCACUGUAUUCCCGCAAUGGAGAUAAGUAUGCCAAUGUGAAGCUUCUCAUGCGCUUUGAAUUCAUUUGAUUUUGUGUGUCCUUCUGCUCCAUGUUUUGUACAGUCAUUACAAUAUGUUAUAGCAAGCAAGAGUGUGUAUGUAUGUAGCUGUGUAAUAUUGUAAAUGUUGUUUAUUUAGAGUGAUGUUUUUUAUUUAUUCUGUCUUUUACUGAAAAUAUAAGGGUGUGAGUGAGAGUGAGACUAAUGCAUCAGGGGGAUAUCGGUGAUGUUUGUAACAAGGAGUGAGUUUCCACGGAUUUUGAAUAAUGCUGUGAAGAAGAAAUAAGAUGUGUAUACUAUAUACAAUUUGUUUUGUUGAGGAGACGUGAAGGAGCUGUCAUUUGUGUUGUAACUUGUAAGGAUUGUCCAUGUUCAUUUUAUGUAACAUAAACCAGAGUGAUGUGAUUUGAAAGGCUGGCUAGUACUUCAGUUCAUUACUGUUUCA